AACAUUUGUCCUGUAGCGUUCACGGCAGCCGCGGUCUCCAUGGAAACGGGAUCAAACACGGAAGUCGUCUCUGAGUCAGCUGCAGGUGAGCUGACAGGAUGCCCAGGUUUCAGGAGGUGGAGUCAGGCCAGGCCACGCCCCCUGGCGCCGACGGCCUGGUUGCUAAGCGAUACAGCAUCCUGCGGAGUCUGGGCCGGGGGAGUUUUGGUUCUGUUUACCUGGUUCGGGACAACAAGGCUUCAGACGGAGAGCAGCUGAAGGUGUUGAAACAGAUUCCUCUGGGCGACCUCCGCCCCGACGAGACGGUGCGAGCGACACAGGAAGCCCAGCUGCUGUCCCAGCUGCACCACCCGGCCAUCCUCGCCUUCUACCACAGCUUCCUGGAGCGAGACGCCUUCUGCAUCGUCACAGAGUUCUGCCAGGAUCGAGAUCUGGACUGUAAGCUGGAGGAGGUGAGACGAGGGGGGCGGAGCCUCCCUGAAACGCAGGUCGUUGAUUGGCUCGUCCAGCUGCUGCUCGGCCUUCACUACAUGCACGCCAGGAGAAUCCUCCACCGAGAUCUGAAGGCCAAGAACAUCUUCCUGAAACGAAACCUCGUUAAAAUCGGUGAUUUUGGAGUUUCCUGCCUGCUGAUGGGAUCAUGUGACCUGGCCACCACCUUCACCGGGACGCCGUACUACAUGAGCCCGGAGGUGCUGAACCACCUGGGGUACGACUCCAAGUCUGACAUCUGGGCUCUGGGCUGUGUUCUCUACGAGAUGUGCGUCCUGUCUCACGCCUUCCAGGCUCCCAGCUUCCUGGCGGUGGUGAUGAAGAUCGUGGAGGGAGAAACGCCGACGCUGCCCCCCCGCUACUCUGCCAAUCUCAACUCCGUCAUGCAGAGGAUGUUGCAGAAAGCUCCAGCAUCCAGACCGUCGGCUGCAGAACUUCUCAAGACCCCCUUCAUGGAGGACAACAUGAAGAAAAUGAAGGACAGGUUUGUGUCGAAAGAAGAGAUCAAGAAAGACGCCGAACUCAUCGCCAGGAACAUGAAGACGAAGGUUCACCUGCAGACGCUAAUGGAGAGGUCAGAAGUCGAGCAGAUGACGCCCAGAGAGAGAAUGAGGCUCCGCAAACUGGAAGCUGCUGAUGAGAAGGCAAAGAGACUCAGGAAACUGGCCGAGGAGAAAUACGAGGAGAUCCACACGCGUAGGAGGGAACUCAGGAGCCGACAUUUUGAAAAAGUCAGCCUGGACGUUCUGAAUGAGAGCAGAGAGGACGGAGCCUGCCGAAGUCAACCAAUCAGCAUUCAGGACCAUGGGUCACCAGGAGGCUCGCAGCCAAUCCUGAUGAAACAGGAGGACGGCGAGAUGUCAGAGUCGGAAGUGCACGAUAUCCCGGAGGACCCUCAGGCUGCAGAAGUUUAUUACAACCAGGACGGAUUUGAUUCGUGUUCAGAGGACGAAGAGACGACACCUGCAGAGACACUUUACCUGUCUGACCCACAGGUCAGUGAGCUGGAGGCCAUGAUGAAGCACAUGCAGAAAGUUCUGGAAGAGGAGCUGAGUGGAGACUCAGAGGAGCCGGAGGCCCCUCGGGGCCCUCAGGGGCCCUCGGUGAUCAACAGCAGCCUGCUGCAGACCAGAAUCCAACACCUGAGAGAGUCCGUGUGCGGCCGCGUGGGCUCAGAUGUCUUCCAGAAGCUGUACGAGGACGCGAAGGAGGCCCGACGGCGUGACGGCGGCGCUGAGGCUCUGACGCGCCUGCGGGAUCAACCGGACUAUGGCCUCCAGGUGGAUCAGCUGCUGUUCUACGAGGAAGAGCUGCAGAGAGUCAGACAGCUGCAGGACCACGCACCGCCGUCACCAACGGACCCUCUGGGAACUAUUUUAACGAUCUGA